UUGGAUUUUGACUGGUGGCGCGGUCGCUGGGUUUGGGUCUCGAGCUCAACCGAUUCCGCUCACUCGGAUUCCCAACUCAUCUUCUGAAAAUGACCAAGGGUACCUCUAGUUACGGUAAGCGCCACAACAAGACCCACACGAUCUGCAGACGUUGUGGCAAGUCCUCGUACCACAUCCAGAAGAGCACGUGUGGUUCGUGCGGCUACCCGGCCGCCAAGAUGCGCAAGUACAACUGGUCGGCCAAGGCGCUUCGCCGCCGCACCACGGGCACGGGCCGCAUGCGCUACUUGAAGACCGUCCCGCGCAAGUUCAAGAACGGCUUCCGUGAGGGCACGAAGGCUGUCUCGAAGAAGGCCGCCACCAACUAAAUGUGCUGCUUGCCCAUGAAACCAGAGUUGGUCGGAGGAGACGACGUCGCGAGUCCAAGGCGCUUCGUGCUACUUGGUGGCGCGCUGCAAGUUGACUGUCUCAAUAUCGAAUCUCUUCCAUUAUGGAACCCCGAGAA